GCACAUCUGGGAGCAGCACACAGUCAGAACACAUAAGGAUUUGGCUCACAGGUUCGAGUCACAACGCAUCAACGGUCAACCAUGAUCACCUUGCUCCUACUGUGGGUGUCUCUGCCAUUCAUCACCUCAACAAUAUCCUUUGAAGACCCUGGUGAUCUAGACAGUACCUUGAGUGUCAGCAUCCCUGUGGAGGUGCCGCUGCGCCCUCUGAUGGGCGCCAAGGUGGUGGUGCCCUGCUACUUCCAAGACAACACGGUCAACGACCCGGCCACGCCCACUGUCGCCCCCCUGUCCCACCGCAUCAAAUGGACCUACAUCACCAAGGGCAAGGCAACCCUCAUCCUGGUGGCGUCGGAGGGCAAAGUUCACGUGGAGACGGAGUACCUAGACCGGGUCACCAUGGCCAACUACCCGCUGGUGCCCACCGACAUCACCAUGGAGAUCACGGAGCUGCGCUCCAAGGACUCAGGCACCUAUCGCUGUGAGGUCAUGCACGGCAUCGAGGAUAACUAUGACUCGGUGGACAUCCAGGUUCAAGGUAUUGUGUUCCACUACCGAGCCAUCUCUACUCGCUACACUCUGAACUUUGAGAGGGCCAAGGCUGCCUGUAUCCAGAACAAUGCCACCAUCGCCACCCCAGCCCAGCUACAGGCUGCCUUUGACGAUGGCUUCCACCAAUGUGACGCCGGUUGGCUAUCUGACCAAACAGUCAGGUACCCCAUCCAUGAGCCUCGUGAGGGUUGCUUUGGAGACAAGGAUGAGUUCCCGGGUGUGCGAACCUAUGGCGUGAGAGAGGUCAACGACACUUAUGACGUGUACUGCUUCGCACAGAAGAUGUCAGGCAGAGUGUUCUACUCCAUGUCCAUUGAGAAGUUCACCUUUUACCAGGCAAUGGACCAGUGUGCCAAACUAGGGGCCAAGCUGGCCACCACAGGGCAGCUGUACCUGGCCUGGAAGGCUGGCAUGGAUGUGUGCAACGCGGGCUGGCUGGCAGAUAGAAGCGUCCGCUACCCUAUCAACAUCGCCAGGCCCCAGUGCGGUGGAGGACUACUUGGAGUGAGGACUGUGUACCUGUUCCCUAACCAGACAGGCUACCCCUACCCAGACUCCCGCUACGACGCUAUCUGCUACCAAGAGGACGACGGUGUAGUCAAGACCACCCCGUUCCCAGAGGUGGCCACCAUCACAGCUGGCCCCAUGGUUUACCUGGGGCGUACCACCACCUCUGAGGCUGAGGCACAGGGGGAGGUUCAGACCCAAGCCCCCCUGGACACCACCAGCAUGGAACUGCCCUUACCCAUCCUCCCCAGUGUGAACGACACGUAUGCCAAGGUCACCCCGGUCGUGGGGGAAGAGAUCAUCAGCAGGGUGACAGCUAAACCUGAUAUGGCCUCCGAGUUCCCUCAUGACAAUGACAUUGCCAUGUCUCCUACAGGUGUAGUGUUCCACUACCGUGCUGGCUCCAGUCGCUAUGCCCUGUCCUUCAUGGAGGCCCAGCUGGCCUGUCAGAGUGUAGGUGCGGUCAUCGCCAGCUCUCAGCAGCUCCAGGCAGCCUACGAGGCAGGGCUCCACAACUGUGAUGCAGGCUGGCUUAGGGACCAGACCGUCAGGUACCCCAUCCUGUCUCCCAGAGAUAAGUGCUCAGGGAACCUGGAGCAUCUCCCAGGGGUGAGGUCCUACGGCCUGAGACCCGCUACCGAGCAAUACGAUGUCUACUGCUAUGUGGACCGCCUCAAGGGGGAGCUGUUCUACACCAGCGACUAUGACAGCUUCUCCUACAAGGAGGCCAUGGCCCACUGUCAGAAGCUCAACACCACGCUAGCCACCACAGGGCAGCUCUAUGCUGCCUGGAAACAGGGCUUUGACAAGUGCCGUCCAGGCUGGCUGCAGGACCGCAGCGUCCGUUACCCCAUCCACACCCCUAGGCCCCACUGUGGAGGAGGCAAGGCUGGGGUACACACCAUCUACGCCUUCCCCAACCAGACGGGACACCCCGACCAGCACUCCAGAUACGACGCAUACUGCUUCAGAGCUGAACAUACGAUUAUUCACACUGAAACCAGACUCAACGUUACUGUAGUUGUCGAGGAGGAAAUGAUCAACAUGACAACCAGAACGGACCAAUUGACUCUUGUGAGCCCCAUCAUACCACCUGUGGAUGUGUCUGGUUCAGGCUUAGCUGAGCAUUCUGCCAGUGGUUUUGGCAGUGAAACCCCUGGUAGCGGAGAUACAUUUGGUGGGGACAGUGGCGAGGGCUCUGGGUCUGGCUUCACAUUCGAGGGCAGUGGGCACAUCUUGUCAGGAGAGGGCUCUAGCUCUGGAGGUCUACAGGAGGCUGUAGAAGGGAGCACCACUGUCAUUUACCCCCCUGGAGUUGGGUCUGGGAAUAGUGGGUCCGGGGUGGGGGUGGGAGAGUUCAGCGGUGGGCAACUGUCCGGUGUCCUUCCCCACUCCGGUAGUGGCAGCGGGGUAUCUGGGGACCUGAGCGGUAGCGGGGAUUCUGUCAUCAUCAUGGUGAACGGAGAGAUGGUGGACAUCUCCAAGCAGCAGCCCACUGGACAGGAGUUUGGACAAGGAGGUGUGGAUGUCAGUGGCUCCAGUGGAGUUUCUGGAUCGGGUGGCUUCUUCAGUGGGGAUGUGACCAGCACCUCUGGCUCUGGACUUCCCGACAUAUCUUUUGAGCAUUCAGGUCUCAUCGACCUGACCGAGAAGUCCUCGGGAGAGCAGGAGGUCUCUGGCUACCAGCCCUUCGCCUCCGGUUAUCCUUACGGUUUUCACAGCGGCUCUGGAUUCCCAUCCAGUGGUGACGGAUCCCACUCAGGCCAUGAGGUUAUCUUCCUGACAGAAGAUGGGAUGAUGGAGGUGACAACACGACAGCGUCCAGAGCAGGGCCGGGGCUACAUAGAGGUCAGUGGAGACGGCAGUAGCCACCAUGAAGGGAGCACCUCAGCCAGUGGGCUCUCCCUGGGGGAGUCAAUGGUCGCAGAAGGCCUGUCUGUGGUGUUGCCCCCUGGUUCUACCAUGACUUACCCAGAGUAUAUCGGAAACACGGGAAGAGGGGAUGACCUGGACCUGGUGGAGGAAGGCCAGGAGCACGAAGGCCAGGAGCACGAAGGGCAGGAGCAAGAAGGGCUGGAAGGGCCCACGGAGACAAUCAAUGUCACGGCACCGUCUGCAGUCUUCUCUAGCCCAACAACAGCACCCGCCAAUACAAUGGUGACCCCUGCUGUGGUGGAGGAGCCUGCUGUAGUUGAUGCUGAUCCUGACCCUUGUGAGCCUAACCCGUGUGGCACAGGCACCUGUUCUGUGCAGGAUGGCAUUGCUGUGUGCCAAUGCCCACAUGGAUUCACUGGAGAGGACUGCAGCACGUCAGUGCAGGGCUGUGCCGAGGGCUGGGUGGAGUUCAUGGGGAGCUGCUACCUGCACUUUCUUGAGAGAGACACCUGGCCCGAUGCUGAGCAGCGCUGCCAAGAGCUCAACUCCCACCUGGUCAGCAUCACCUCCCAACAGGAGCAGGAGUUUGUCAACUCUAACGCUCAGGACUAUCAGUGGAUUGGACUCAAUGACAAGGACAUGCAGAAUAAGUUCCGCUGGACAGAUGGGAGUCCAUUGGAAUUUGAGAACUGGAGGCCCAACCAGCCAGAUAACUACUUUAACUCUGGAGAGGACUGUGUAGUGAUGAUCUGGCAUGAGAACGGCCAGUGGAACGAUGUUCCCUGCAACUACCACCUGCCCUUCACCUGCAAGAGUGAACCUGUCAUGUGCCAUUCACCCCCUGAGGUGGACAACGCCAGGCCAAUGGGCAGCAGAAGAGACCGCUACCCCGUCAACUCUAUAGUCCGCUACCAGUGUGACGCAGGCUUCACACAGCGCCACCCACCUGUUGUACGCUGCCUUCCCGACGGGCGGUGGGAGGAGCCACAAGUGGAGUGUAUAGGAUCUGGUGCCACCCCCAGCAACAGACUACACAAGAGGUCCAUCAGGAGACGGUUGAAAGCACCCAACAGUUGGUCUUGGCGGAAGCUUCUCUAAGCAGGACUGAAGGGACACACUAAAAGAGAACCAAAUUGACCGCUCUUGUAAAGAAACAUUGAUACUAAAUGCCAUUUUGCCUGACCAAAAAAAGAUAACGUUCCCACCAGGGGUGGAAAUGGGGAAAAGUUACUUUGAGAACCCACCAAUGUAAAAUCCUUGAAUUCACCUAUAGCUCAUUUUUACAUGUCAAAAUGAUUGAAUUCCCCCAUUUCCACCCCGGAUUCCCACCAUGUAUAUAGAUAAACACCAAAGCACAUUAGACAGGAUUUUAUAGUCCGACUGACAAUGUUGAUCUCUGAGUGUCACUCUGUGCCUUUGUGGGGGGUAUUUGGGCAGUGGUUCUCAACCUGGGGUACUAGUAACCCUGGGGGUACCGGGCCUAUCCACAGGGGGUACUUGGGAAGACUCAAAUAGGUAUAAUUGAGGGGAUACUUUGUGCAGAGCAUUAUGGAUUUGAUUCCGACUUAAGAAAUUAUGCUUUUCUUAUGCACGCCUAUCCCAUGCACUUCUCAGUAGUUGGUGUUCAGACUUACCUUAUAAAGGUGCGUAAUGGAGUUUGCAGGCGUGGUUCCCUUGCGCGCAAAAAAUAUAUUGAUGAAUAAAAAAUACAGUGGUUUGAUUCAUCCUGAAAGUUGUCAUAUUCAAGUUCAAUCCAUGAAAUAUUGGAAGGUGGAAAAAAGUGUACAAUAAGGGUUGAACAAUAGUACUGUAAAUCUACCCUAAUCCUUACUAAUCAUGGAACUGUAUGACAACGGUCCAGUCGUUAUGAACCGUUCGCCAAGCUCCAGGUUUAACCUGCUAAGUGUGGUCUGAGUUCCAUAAUGAUUCAAUUUGUCCCAAAUUAUUGCACAACGUUAUAUGAUCCACUAAUGCUAGCGACCCUCAGGAACAGCUUACACGGACGUGACGGAGGAAAUACAGUUUAACAGAAUGGAAUGGAAUGAUGCAAAAUGUAAGCUACAAAUUGAAGAAAACUAACACUAAAGUGACAGUUAUAAAUGUAUGUGGGUAUUACUGACGGUGGCCCCCUAUAGUGGCGAAUAUUUAACAUUACACAUUUUUUUAUAAAACGGAGAAAAGCCCGGGCAUAGGCUAUAAUUAAAACAUUCUAAAGGGCAUACAUCAACUCGGUAGGUUCAGCCCCACAGAAGCCUAUAGCUUGGGUGUCCAAAUUUCAUCCACGCAAAUUAUGAGGGUACACAAUAAAAACAAAUCUGAAUAACGGCAUAGCUAUUUAUACACUCUUAGAAAAAAAGGGUCCUAAAAGGGUUCUUCGGCUGUCCCCAUAGGAUAACCCUUUUUGGUUCCAGUUAGAACCCUUUUUGGUUCCAGGUAGAACCCUGGAACCCCACAUUUUUUCAAAGGGUACUCGUAUGGGGACAGCCGAAGAACCCUUUUAGGUUCUAGAUAGCACCUUUUUUCUAAGAGUGUAGCCUAUUUCACUGUGGAAAACGGCCGCAAUACAUUUCAUGUUGAUAUGAUUUUCAGGGAUCAUAAGGAAAAAACAUCUAAAACAAUUGCUAUGUGCAUCUACAACCCCCUUCUCCAAAUGGAUUACUCAUUUACCUAGCUCUUAUCAAUAGCUCUUAUACAUUUAUAAAUUAAAGUGCAUGGAGAAUGGUGUUAUUUCUAUCGGAAAAAAGUAGAUGCUUUUCCCACUUGGAACCAACAGGUUCGCUCGAAUUUAUUCAUGGUUUCCUAGCGCGUAAAGGUAAGGGAAUUAAGUCAAGGUCAGAAUACGGUUUAUCUGUAGAUCUCUAGCCAGAACGAAUAGCGGGUGAAUAGCAUGCUAUCCUCAUUCUUAAAUUCAAGGUCAGAAUACGCAUAGAGAGAACAGUGCAUGAAAAGGGAAUUACGUUUCAUUUACACGCGCUUAACUCAGGUCGGAAUCAGGGCCUAAGUGAAUCGGGGUACAGUUACCAAAAAAGGUUGAGAACCACUGAUACAGGGGAAUAUGGGUAGGUUCAUCUUCUGUCAGAAUAAUUUGGGAGGUUCAUUGGUUUAUGGCUGUGUUCAGCCAUUGGAGUCUUUUGAUUGGGUGGUAGAUAGUUUUGGUCCCUCCUCUAUUAUACUCUGACCAGGGUGGAAGGUGUGACUCAAAGAGAUGCUGGAGGGGUCAAUAAAAAUGAAUGGAUAGUAUUAUUUAUUUGGGGAGUCCCAUCUGAAUGGAGUGGGAAAGAAACAUCCCUCCCCCAAGGCACUAGAGUGACACUGAAAGUCAAGAACAGAGUAAAAAAAGUGUUUAGGAUUGCAGCUAGAUACUCUGAAGUCAAGCACAUUAUUAUUUUUUCUUAGUUUAUGUUUGAUAAUUAGCUUUUUUUAUAUAGUGUUGGACCUUAGGACCAAAUAGGGAACAACUCCUAUAUGUGAAGAAAAGAGACAGAAAUAGCAAUGUUUGUCUGUUUCGGAAUGUCGAACAGAGUACCUCCAACUCUGUAUGAUAAUGAUACAGUAUUGUGCUCUCAUCCUGGAUCUUUGGGCUAUUUUCGGCACCAAAGAAUUCAGAACACAGAGAUGGAAAGAGGGCACACUUGCCACAAAGCCUGUUUUAGCAUUAAGAAGAGAAAAAUGACUACUUCAGAAAUGGGGAUAGUCCUCAAUCGCGAUGCCCAUGCUGUCACAGAAGCGAUCAAUGGCAAAGAUAGGCUCUCUUUUCAUCUCCAUGCUUCAGAACCAUCUGGUGAAAAUACGAUCGAUACAACUGUAGAAGAGUUGGCUACAGCACAUACACUAUGGGAACAUGCUGGCGUCCGACAAUCUAUGUGACCUUACAAUCCAUGUGCUCAUAAACAGAUGAGUUUGUGUUUGUCUGUUUAUUUCUCACUGUGAAUUCUCUCAAACUACGCUUUUGAUAUCAGACAUCAAGCAUUUUGAUUGAUGAAUAAACAGGGCCUUUGUUUUCCAUUUAUCUUAUUCACAACCCCAAGUCCCCUUGUGUGCAGGAAGGGAAUUAUGAGGGGUUGAAUUGGUACUGAAGCACAUAAAAAUGAAUUGACACCAGUAGCAUAACAAGCUGUGAAGGCACAAGGUUAGAGAAGGAGGAGUUAGAGGAUAUGUUAAGUUGACGAGGAUCCUUUUGGGUCGAAUCAUGUUUAACGUUUGGGGAGCAGUGUCCAUACUCAAGCUCCCCUCCCACCCGACUCAUGCACAUUCAACAAACACACUCAACACAACACAAUACUCUCACACAUCGGAAGUGAUUUCAACGUUUGAUGAAUGGUUGAAUGGUUUCUGGGUGUCUCAGUGUAGAGGGAUGUCACACACACAGACACACACACACACACAGACACACACACACACACACACACACACACACACACACACAG